AUGGCGUUGCUGCGAAAUGUCUGGACCAGGUUCACGAUGCUACUUUUCUGCAUUUUCGAUGGGACAUGUGGCCGUGCAACUGGAGGACAUAGCACUCCCUCAUACUCAUCAUCCGACUACAGCCUCGACACACUGUACGGCAUAUACAGAAUGCAGACAGAAGGCACGGGUGGCAGUGCUGGUGGCCAGUCGUUUCACCUGUCGCAGUUCAACGCAGAAGAUAUUAGCUACACUUUCAGCAGCACCAACGGUUCUGCUCAACUGAGCGAAGGGCAGUCGCACCAAGAAGAAAGUACACCUGCCUGUCGCAGUGAAGGAUCUCCUGAUGCACAAGCAGCAGGUCAACAAAGCUUGGAAAGUGGGGAGACGGAGGAGGAAGCUGUUUUUAGCAACACUGCAUCGCCACUGGAAGCAGCUUUGGCCAACUUGGCUAAGCUUCAACGUCAGUACCGGAGAAAUGAUAAUUCGUUUGGAGAUGCCUGCUUGGAGUCCCAGGAGAGAAGCCGUUCACCUUCUCUUGGAGACUCUGAGUUAACGUGCCUUGAUUUUGAUACUGAUGAUGAUGAAGAUAGUGAUGACUCUGGAGUGGCAUACAAAGUGCCUUCACUGGUGCAUGCAGCAGCUCACCGGCUUACCUGGCUGGUCGGCUCGUUUGGCUGGCUCUUGGUGGCUGGGCUCACUUUGGGUUCUCUCUGCACCCUCGUCUGUUGCACUGAAAUGUUCCUGGCUGGUGCGAAUGCUUUGUGUUUUCAAAUGACAGCAGUGGCUCUAUUGUGGUCGAUCUUCGUGGUUUACCCAAUACAGGCCUGCGUGGUGUCCACAUGUACGAAUGCGUGCUGGCACCUCUCUCAGAAGCCGCAGAGUGCCUUCCUUAUGCUUCCAUGCGUGUGCAAUGCGGCGUUGCAGCGCCUUCUUCAACGCAUCCGCAUCCCCGCUGCAAGCCCACUGCAUCCCCUUCGGCACUGCAAACAUUUAUCUAAACGCCCAUCGUGUAGCGCGGCUGCUUCUACGGCUCAAGAUAGCAGACGCUGCCAUGCUGGAGUUGAUGGGUCAGACAGGGCAUGGGUACAGCGCUGGGGUCCCGGUCGCCUACUGCACCACUUGGCACGAUAUCCGUCGGAGAGGAAGCUGGUUGCCAUCAGAAGGCAGUGUCUGGCGAUGGCAGCAGUCUUCAAAGCAACGAGAUACUGCGUCUCCUCUGCAUUAUUGAUAAUGGUACUGCUGGCAAACGCCACAAGCGAGAACGUGGAAGACUUGUACCGUCAGCGUCAGAGCAUCAGGCGGUUCAUUAGCAGCACGAAUGGAGUCGAUUGCGACCCCCAUGGUCGGCCGGAGGGACGGCUCCUCACCACGCUGUGCAAUGAUGACUCCGACCACCUGCUCCUCGCCACUGGAUCAGUGCUUCUGCAGUCUUCUCGCGUGUGCAUUCACAAGAAAGACAUGAGGUUCACCAGAAACCACUCUUUGUGCCCUCUCCUCACUGGAGAAGCUGGCCCUGCUACAUUUGAAAGGUGUCAUGAACACUCAGACGAUGCGGCCGUGUGGGACCCUACACUUAGGCUUCAACUCUACAAUCAUGCUCUGAAAAUUCUCAGCUCUUUGGUGGUCGUUCGGACGUGUGCCUUCAAUCGGACCAACUUCCACGUCUCCGUUUCUGCACACCUCCUUCCUCACUGGGAUGCACAGCUGACGGCGGGGUUCUUAGAGGUAUGCCUCCUUGCAAUUCUCUGCUGCAAGUUGAGAUCAUUAUGUUGGAGGGGCCUGAAGCUGAAACGGCGGCUGCUUUUUCAAUUCUGGAACAUCCACGAGAUAUCUGUUGUUGUGUGUGGUGUGUGCCACUGCAUUUGCUGCUUCAUCCGAGCAAGCUAUCGAUGCUACUUUUCCUCCCACCUGCACGACGAAGAAGACUUGGCUGCGUUGGUGGAAGCACUCUCUGUGACUGACAGCGCUUGCCAAAGUCUACUUGGAUGUUUACUGUUCUUGGUGAUACUCGGAAUCCUUCGAGGGGUCUACGUAAGCAGGCAUCCGCACGUGUUUCCCAUCCUGCUUCAGCUGAGGACGUGCCGCAAGCAGCUGGUAUACCUUGCCCUCUGCUGGUUAUUCUUCAUUGCGUCAUCAUCCUGGCUGCUGCGACCAAAGCAAGGACGUGAGGGGGGUCUACUGUGCGGCAGUGUGGCCGCGUUAGGCCGCCUCCUGGGGAUAUCGACUGUCAUCUUGGCAGACGGCUGCGAGUUUGUUGGGAGCAGUCGCCUUGUCAGCUUAAUCGGGAUGCUCGCCGCCCUACUCAGUGGAUUCCUAGUGUUCGCUUUGGUGGCGCGCCUCUUCACGCAACAAAGCUUUCGUCGUGACCAGACCUGCCCAGGGAUGGCGUUUCGUGAAUUCUUGAGCUACCUCUGGUUGAAAGCUCGCGUUCUGCGAGGCCAGGCUGCCUGCAGAAGUGCCUCCGCCGGCAACUCCAAUUUGAGUCCGCCAGACACGCUGAAACAGCUGCUAGAGCUGGAGCGAGUGGCCUCGGAGAUGGUGGAAAGAGCGGACUGCCUGUUUGCAGUGCCAAACGAAGAAAAGGUUGAACGCUGGCAGUCACGGCAUCUCAGAACAACGCGUGCCCCUCCCAACAUCGUUAGCAGCCAGAAAAGCGACUGAAGAUCCUCCAACUUCGCCUCUGGUACUGCUCCGGUGUACACUUCUAUUUCAUGGAAACGAGUUUUUAAAGGAGUGCUACCUCACUGUCACCGGUAAAGAACGAAAAAAAAAAACAGGAAAGAAAAAGAAACAGCAUGGUCUGAGCAUACUUCUUGUCAAGUCUCAACAGCUACGGCCGAAAGAAUUAUGCUAUGUGUUAGCUUUUAAUAUUGAUUCAAACAAAUGACGCAAGAUAAUCUGUAUUGCCAUAGAGACCUCAGUAUUGUGCAAGUUUGCACAACAUAUAUCAGCAGAUUUAUAAGUAUUUGAUUUUCUUGUAAGUAUUAAGCUGUACUGCACUUUAUAUGCCAAUUAUUUUUUCUGUUUGUGCAACAGUUUAUGCGAAGGCGCCUUGAUUUUCCAGGAUCUAGCAAUUUACUUUCUGACGUCAUCCAUUCUUUUGCAAAUGCCACGUGCAGGUUGCACAAGUAUUUCUUUCUUUUUUCAUUUCAUUAGCUCACAAAUAAGUGCUCAUGUACAAUUUUUCAAG